AGCUGCUUUGGCGGCAUUGGACUGCCGGAUGGUGAUUAGCUCACGCGGUACCUGCUGGUACCUAGUGUAAAUCAAUAGUCUUUGCGCUAACAAGCUUGACGAAUGCUGCAGCGGCUGGCUGCCUUUGACUGGUGGUUUUGGCUACAAAGCUUAGAGCUUGUCAAUACAUUGCCCGGCGGUAGGCUGCUGCUGCUGCUCGGGCGCUGCAAGCAUCCCCUGGGCCUGUGCUUCAAGACGACGUGCUUCUGACAAAGCCUGCGGCGAGCGGCUGCUGGUCACAGAUAUGAAGUCGCUUGUGGUGUUGGGGGAGUGGGUGUCGGGUUCCUGCCCCUUGCCAUGUUCCAUCACGAACGUGUCACCGUGUCAUGCGAUGGUACCCAUAAUUCUCCUCUAAAUUACGGUGUAUUUCUCCAGAACCCUUCAUUCCGUCAUUCACCCUUCACGUACAGUGUAAAGCAGCUAGACAAAUGGGACAGGGUGCGUCUGCGAACAAGGAUGCUGUGGCCCAAAUGGCCAAGCAGAAGGUGGCGUACCAGCCUCCCCUGGGACCUCCCAACCCGGCCAACCCCUUGGUCUACUUUGACAUCAACCUGGGCCGCUACGGCGAUGCCACUCCUCUCGGCCGCAUUGUGAUGGAGCUGAAGGCGGACGUGACCCCCAAGACUGCGGAGAACUUCCGCCAGCUGUGUCUGCGCGAGGCGGGCAAGGGCUACAAGGCCAGCCGCUUCCACCGCGUCAUCCCCUCCUUCAUGUGCCAGGGUGGUGACUUCACUCGGGACAACGGCACGGGCGGUGUCAGCAUCUACGGCGCCCGCUUUGAGGACGAGAACUUCAGGCUGUCGCACCUGGGCCCCGGCGUGCUGUCCAUGGCCAACGCCGGCCCCAACACCAACGGCUCCCAGUUCUUCCUGUGCACCUCCCAGACCCCCUGGCUCAACGGCAAGCACGUGGUCUUCGGCCAGGUGGUUGAGGGUUACGAGGUGGUCAAGGCCAUUGAGACGUGCGGCAGCCGCAGCGGAGAGACGGCCUUCGACGUGAUGGUGGCGGACUGCGGCGAGCUGCCCGCGGGUGCCGCCCGGGCCGCCGCCCCCCGCCAGAAGUCCGCAGGUGCCGCGGCUGCUUCCGUCGCCUCCGUUCGCUCCUUCGGCACUGCAGCCGCAGUGCGCCCCUUCGCCGCCGGCAUCAGCAGGCCUGCUGUUGCUCCCCAGCGCGCCGCCCCGCUGCGCGCCGUGGCCCCCGUCCGCGCCGCCGCAGCCCACGCCGCCGUCGCCCGCUCGGCCCUGCGCGCGGCCCGUGUGCUGGCGCUGUAACGUCGCCAAGGCACAUAACUGGCACGUGCGCAGAAGGAGCCCCGAGGAGAGCUUACGUGAGCCAAGGCGGCGCCGCCAAGGCUAGUCGUAGGCUCUUAUUUUGUCGGACAAUUUUAAAGGCCUGGGGGACGCCAGUGCACGAGGCGUGGAUAGGGAUGUAGGGAUUCGGUAGCAGUGGGCAGUAUGCGGAAGUCGGGCCGGCUCGUGAUAGGUUGAUCCUGUCUUAGCGCUAGCCAUCUAACACCGUCCUGAGUGGUCGUCUGUCCUAGGCGCAAACUCAACACACUGCUUCGGCGUGUGGGGACGCCGCGUUGGCGAGAGCCACGGAUGGUGCUGAUACCGUGGAAGCAUGGCGCACCCGCGGAGGGCACUGUAACGCGGCAAGUGUGACUCAGAUGCCCCCAGUAAGCUGGACGGUGACACUCAGCUGGUGUGGGUGCGCUGUAACUGCUUCUGGAUUG